AUAUAAAACAAACAAACAACCCCUUACAAAAAUACUGAGCUUCAAAGAUCACAUCUUUAUUUUUCAUAUCAAUUCUUUUUUCUCUCUUCUUAACAAAAACCAAAGAAAAAAGAAAAACCCAUCAAAAAAAACAAUGAGGAGAGAAGGUCGUCAACAUGGCAUGGUAAGAACAUACCAUGUAUUACCAUCACCAUUAAACCCAAUAUCCACAUCUAGAAUUCUCAACAAGAUUGAUUCACCUACAACUGCCGGUCUUUUUAUCAAAGUUUCUAAAAAACCAACCAAUCAUUCUAAAUUUACCGGUAAAUGUGAGAAAGUCAAAUGUUUAGAUUGUCAUCUUCAUCCUUCUUGUAAGUCAAAAGACAAAUCUAAAGGUACACAAAAACUUAAAUCUUCUAAUGAUGCUUUAAAUUAUCAGCAACUUACGUGGCGUGUUGUGGGUCCCAAUAAAUUGCGCUAUUCUGGGUAUUCUGCUUCUGGUAUUCUUGAUGAAUUAGACAUCCAUCAUCAUCAUCUACAUGAUCAUCAUGAUGAUGAGUAUGAUGAUGAGGAGGAGGAUCAUCAUGGGUCAUGUGCUGAACAAGAAAAGAGCGAGACUUUAGUGAAAACUUCUAGUGAUGAUGAUGAUAAUGAUGAUGAUAUUAUUGUUCAUGUUGGUGUAACUGAUGAUGGUGAUGAUGGGUAUAUGGGUUAUUAUGAUGUUGCUUAUGUUGUGGAUGCUAUGGAUGAUGAUGAUGAAGGUUGGUCUAUUGUUGGAGGAGAUCAAAUAUGAUUUGUUAAAUUUUUUUUUUUUAACUGAUUGUAAUUACUCCUCUAGAUUUAUUUUUCUUACUUGAAUUUUGUAUUUUUUUUCUAUGAAUAAGUGUAUAACUUGAAGAUUGGACAUAUAUUUGUUUAAUCUUGUGUUAAUGUUGAGAUUAUGUUGUGUAAA